AAAUUUUGCCCGUCGACAUUCCCGUGAAUUCUGCAGCCCUCGACUCCGGUGACAUUUCCUCGAUUCUCACGGCCACCGACUCCCUUCCUCUCCCCCUCUUCCGUCCUUCCAGGUGGCAUUAUGCCCAAUUCAUCAGACGGUGAAUAUGACUCGAGGACCGCCUCCGUGGGCGCCCAGCGGACCCGCCGGGGUGCCUCGAACGAUUCGUCGCGCCGCAGCUCUCUAGACAAACCCAACGCGAAACGUCCACGAAGAAACGGAAAGCCCGGCACACGUGAGGUCCAGGACUUCGUGCCCCGAGGCGCAUCAUUUAGUGAAAACUCCUUGCAGGUGGACCCCGACAGCACCUCGUCUUCGGGCUCGGAUUCCGAAAGCGACUCGGACAGCGAUUCUGCCUCCGACGAUGAUGACGAGAGCUCAGGUUCAGACUCCGAGUCCGCGGAAGAACAGAAGCCCCAAAAUGGACCUGCGGCUUGGAAUAAGGGGAGCAAGAGUGGCAUCCGGACGUCGCUCCGGUCUCGGAAUCAGACGAAUGGCGACGACAAGAAACCCUCGCAGUUUGAUGCGGUCAAUGAUAAAUUCUGGCGCAGUCGCAGUGAUUCUGCCUCGUCUGGCGAAGGAGGUGGUUCCGGAUCGCGCAAUGGGAAAGACAAUAAAGGGGAUCAUGUCUCAGAGGACGGGGAGGUGCAGGAGAACAACACGGCGGAGUCCAGCCAAAUGCACAUGUCGGGCGACUCAGACGAGUCGGACUCGAUGGAUUCCGAGGCUGACGAUUCGAUAUUGCUGAAUAUUGGGGAUCAGGACCAGAGCACUGAAAUAUUGCCUCUUUCUGAAUCUCGAGUCAACGGCAGCGCCAUUGUUUCUCAAAACGGCACCGGCAACAAUCCUUCCAAAGAGGAAGCAUUCCGUCGUUUUGCCCAGAAAUAUCCCAUGACCCCUUCAACCCUGGCAGACCUAGAGCGCGACGAUAUGGAAAGCCAGGCGCGAUGCUUGUUUUACGAUCGAGACAUCAAUGACAUCAGCCUUCAACUGCCCAUUGCAUGUAUAGAGUGCUCACAGGAAGGCCACUUGGCUGAGGUCUGCCCGUCCAAGGAGUGUGUACAUUGUGGUGCUUGGAAUCAGCACCAAAGCAGUUUCUGUCCCCAGUGGCGAAGAUGCCAACGGUGUCGGGACCGGGGUCAUGAUGAGUCGCAAUGCUCAUCGCAGUUGAAAGGAUCCGCCGCAGAGGCUCCUUGUGAUUUGUGCGGAUCGACUGAACACUUGGAGCUCCAAUGUGAAUCGUUAUGGAAAAUUCCCCGCCAAGAAACGCCGUCAGGACCGGUGCUUGUGUCCCUCUCGUGCUCGCAUUGCACUAGCAACCGCCAUUUAGUCGGAGACUGUCCGUCCCUUGCCAACCAGCCGCCAUCGUCGUGGACCCUCAAAGGGAUCGAUCCCGAUAUGGUGACCAACACCAACUCGGUGGUUAGCGGUCGGCCAAGAGGCCCUGCGUCGAGAGGCGGCCAGCGGGGAGGCCUGAAGAUCAGAGGUCGCGCCGACCAGCGCUCUCUCUCCCCUGAUAGCGACGACAUGAUGUCUCGGCCCCGGCAGCCCAUUGGUCGCAACGCACCGCGUCCCAACAUCCGCAUUGGAGGCAUAGGAAAGAAGAACUUUGCUUCCGAUUAUGGUAAUACGCACACGUAUUACCGGGAUCGCCAGGAACCGUCUCGAGGCAAUGGACGCUACCGCUCGCGAUCUCCCCCUCGCCCGGGACGUGGCCGAGGCAGGGAUAGCUACCAUCCCGGCAACCGUUCACCCCCUGGUCGACCCAGGCAUCCCCUGCCCCCACGCCCUGGUAGAGGCGGUGGAGACCGAGGAGGUCGCGGGGGCUAUCGUGGCGGUGGCCCUGGACCUAAACGAGGUGGCGGCGGCGGCGGCGGCGACGCCUACCGACCCUUACCAAGCGCCGGCAAGAAGGCCUGGGAUAGAUACCGACUGUAAAACAAGAAAAGCGUUUUAUUCCUAUGGAUGAAUAAUGAAGGCGUAGGUGAUUAUUUAUUCGGACUGCUUUGAUUAUUUGGGGGCGUUGACUCGAGUUCAACAUGCGGGAUAUACCCUUGCCUAUGCAUUUAUCAUAUUCGAUUCUCAUCCGUCGAGGGGUGGAUGUCUAGAUUGAGUUAUUGUACAGUAUCUAGAGAUCCGGAUUGCUUUUAUUUAGCACAUUGGACAUACAACGAUACAUUAGCUAGUCGAUUUCAAGCGGGAUUGGUGGCUCGCACCGACGAUUGAGAAUGGAAGAACUCUUGC